UAUAUAUUACAGAUCACAGCCUACUUUACAAACACAGUUUUACAGUUUUACGUCAUUUCAUAUCCCUUUCUCGGAUUUAUCAGUAUCAUUUUCGAACUUUUAUCCCUAUUUGGUCUUUCAAAGAAUUUAACUUGGAUUGCAUUCCAAAUAUCUUUUUGUAAAUUAUUUCAGUCUACGUUUCUACAUAAAAAUGCAGAUCUUUGUUAAGACUUUAACAGGAAAAACCAUCACCUUAGAAGUUGAAGCUUCAGACACAAUAGAGAAUGUAAAGGCUAAGAUUCAAGAUAAAGAAGGAAUUCCACCAGAUCAACAACGUUUAAUUUUUGCUGGCAAACAACUUGAAGAUGGUAGAACACUUUCAGAUUAUAAUAUCCAAAAGGAAUCUACACUUCAUUUAGUGUUGAGACUUAGAGGAGGUAUGCAAAUCUUUGUCAAAACUCUCACUGGCAAGACAAUUACCUUAGAAGUUGAAGCUUCAGACACAAUAGAGAAUGUUAAAGCUAAGAUUCAAGAUAAAGAAGGAAUUCCUCCUGAUCAGCAACGAUUGAUCUUUGCUGGCAAACAGCUUGAAGAUGGAAGAACACUCUCAGAUUAUAAUAUUCAGAAAGAAUCUACUCUUCAUCUGGUAUUGAGACUUCGAGGAGGAAUGCAAAUUUUUGUCAAAACUCUUACUGGAAAAACUAUCACACUUGAAGUUGAAGCUUCAGACACAAUAGAAAAUGUAAAGGCUAAGAUUCAAGACAAAGAAGGAAUUCCCCCUGAUCAGCAACGCUUGAUCUUUGCUGGUAAACAACUAGAAGAUGGAAGAACUCUCUCAGAUUAUAAUAUCCAAAAGGAAUCUACACUCCAUUUAGUGUUGAGACUUAGAGGAGGUAUGCAAAUCUUUGUCAAAACUCUCACUGGUAAAACCAUUACCUUAGAAGUUGAAGCUUCAGAUACAAUAGAGAAUGUUAAAGCUAAGAUUCAAGACAAAGAAGGAAUUCCUCCUGAUCAACAACGUUUAAUCUUUGCUGGUAAACAAUUAGAAGAUGGAAGAACUCUUUCAGAUUAUAACAUUCAGAAAGAAUCCACACUUCACUUAGUGUUGAGACUUCGAGGGGGCAUGCAGAUUUUUGUUAAAACCCUAACUGGAAAAACCAUCACUCUUGAAGUUGAAGCUUCAGAUACUAUAGAGAAUGUGAAAGCUAAAAUCCAAGAUAAAGAAGGAAUUCCACCAGAUCAACAACGAUUGAUCUUUGCUGGUAAACAAUUAGAAGAUGGAAGAACACUCUCAGAUUACAAUAUUCAGAAAGAAUCUACUCUUCAUCUGGUAUUGAGACUUCGAGGAGGAAUGCAAAUUUUUGUUAAAACUCUUACUGGGAAAACUAUCACUCUUGAAGUUGAAGCUUCAGAUACAAUAGAGAACGUAAAAGCUAAGAUUCAAGACAAAGAAGGAAUUCCUCCUGAUCAACAACGUUUGAUUUUUGCUGGAAAACAGCUUGAAGAUGGAAGAACACUCUCAGAUUACAAUAUUCAGAAAGAAUCUACUCUUCAUCUGGUAUUAAGACUUCGAGGAGGAAUGCAAAUUUUUGUCAAAACUCUAACUGGGAAAACUAUCACUCUUGAAGUUGAAGCUUCAGAUACAAUAGAAAACGUAAAGGCUAAGAUUCAAGACAAAGAAGGAAUUCCUCCUGAUCAACAACGUUUAAUCUUUGCUGGUAAACAAUUAGAAGAUGGAAGAACACUCUCAGAUUACAAUAUUCAGAAAGAAUCUACUCUUCAUCUGGUAUUGAGACUUCGAGGGGGAAUGCAAAUCUUUGUCAAAACUCUAACUGGAAAAACUAUCACUCUUGAGGUUGAAGCUUCGGAUACAAUAGAGAACGUAAAGGCUAAGAUUCAAGACAAAGAAGGAAUUCCUCCUGAUCAACAACGUUUAAUUUUUGCUGGAAAACAACUUGAAGAUGGAAGAACACUCUCAGAUUACAAUAUUCAGAAAGAAUCUACUCUUCAUUUGGUAUUGAGACUUCGAGGAGGAAUGCAGAUUUUUGUCAAAACUCUUACUGGGAAAACUAUCACUCUUGAAGUUGAAGCUUCGGAUACAAUAGAGAACGUAAAGGCUAAGAUUCAAGACAAAGAAGGAAUUCCUCCUGAUCAACAACGUUUAAUCUUUGCUGGUAAACAAUUAGAAGAUGGAAGAACACUCUCAGAUUACAAUAUUCAGAAAGAAUCUACUCUUCAUCUGGUAUUAAGACUUCGAGGAGGAAUGCAAAUUUUUGUCAAAACUCUAACUGGGAAAACUAUCACUCUUGAAGUUGAAGCUUCAGAUACAAUAGAAAACGUAAAAGCUAAGAUUCAAGACAAAGAAGGAAUUCCUCCUGAUCAGCAACGAUUGAUCUUUGCUGGAAAACAGCUUGAAGAUGGAAGAACACUCUCAGAUUACAAUAUUCAGAAAGAAUCUACUCUUCAUCUGGUAUUGAGACUUCGUGGAGGAAUGCAAAUCUUUGUUAAAACUCUUACUGGAAAAACUAUUACACUUGAAGUUGAAGCUUCGGAUACCAUAGAAAAUGUAAAGGCUAAGAUUCAAGAUAAAGAAGGAAUUCCUCCUGAUCAGCAACGAUUGAUUUUUGCUGGAAAACAACUUGAAGAUGGAAGAACACUCUUAGAUUACAAUAUUCAGAAAGAAUCUACAUUGCACUUGGUAUUGAGACUUCGAGGAGGAGAGUGUACUUACUAUAUAGAAAAAAAUAUUUCAGCUUGGCUACUUGAAGUUGCUUAUAUGCAGUUGAAAGAUUCUAAUAGUCUUUUAAAAAAAAAUGACCUAUUUUAGAAUUCAUAAUGGGUCAUAAUAUUAGACUGCCUUAGGGAGUAAAAUCUAAAGGCAUUGUCUAAAAAAAUUGAUAGUAUUGAUAGCUCCCCUAUGUUACUUUUUUAUGUAUAUUUCAUAUUCACUACUAUUUUUAUCAAUAUAUAAGUGUUUAUUUAUGCAUAUGUAAAGUCAAGAAUAUCGAAUUGUAGUAAUGUAAUUACAUAUGUGUAGCUACAAUUCUUGUAAUACAAUUAAGUUCAUUAAACAAUUAUUGUACAUUCCUGGCAUUAAA